AUGAGCAAACCCGCAAAGAUCACAGCGUCGCUAGCACACAAGCCGCCGUUCCCUCCACCAUCUUCCUUGAUCAGUCUGGAUGAUCUAAUCCUCCCUGCUGCCUUUAACGACCUUUCUCCGAUUUCCAGGGAGCUACAAAUACUGGGACAUGGCGAGCGCGAGGGAUUGCAUAGAUUCCUUUCUGCCUUUCUUGAUCUUUCUCGAUUCCAUGGCUUACACAAGCUGCUAUGGCUCAUCGGUGUCCAUGGAGCCCCGCGCUCUUUAUACUACCAGAAAUUCCUUCGCCGCGACAUUGUAAUUGUCGAAGAACUUGACCUUCAUCUCAUUUGGGCAAAGUCAAGAAUUUUCAUCAAGCCACUUCCUGACUUUCUUCUCAACUACGAGUUCUGGGAGGCCAACAUAUGCUCCGAACCUCAAUUGUAUCGAGCCGCUUGUGGGCUUCUCUACUCAUACUGCGGCCUUAUUCGCUUUAAAUACGAUCUGCAGGUUGCCAAAGAUUGCAAGUUGAUUAACGAAAAUUUGGACUACAAAGCUUGGACGGAGUUUGUUCGCACAAUACUACCCAAUCUUCACCCCAAGGACCCCAAUAUCAUGGACACGCGAUUCCAAUAUGGUGAAUUGCGGUUGAAUCGUCUGGAUACCCUUUACAGGUAUUCACCUUAUAAGUUCUCUCUAUCCAGUAUCCUACAAGGGUUCCCACAUGCAAUGUCCGAAAGCUAUACGCCUUAUAUGGAUCAGUACAAUAAUGCAGUGUCAGCCUUUGGUGUUGUGGUUAUCGUUCUGUCGGCUUUUAAUCUAUCAUUGUCUGCACAUUCGAAGAACCCUGAUGCCAGUCUUCAGCAAGCAGCAUGGGGAUUUGCGAUAUUCGCCAUGGCUCUAUGCGCCGCACUCAUUACCUUGUUUCUUGUGCUGCCGGUUUUCUCGUCACUAGCGACAAUCUAUAGCUCUAUUGCAACACGAAAGCGGGUUGCUAAAUAUUGGGAGAGGGAGCGGUCGCACUCAGCUUAG